AUGGCGAUGAGGUUUAAUAAUUAUGCGCCGAGCUCGAAUAUGAUGCUGAAUGCUGAGGCGAGUUUGAAGGCAAUGAGUCUUCUCGACGAAUUGAAAGGAAUCGUGAUCGACCAACAACGAGGAAUCCGCGAGCGGGACACGAAGCUCGCCACUCUUCAGCAGCAAUACGAUGCGCUCAACACUUCCUACUGGACGAUCAUGCAAAAAGUCCGCAGCUACGAUCAUCUAUUCGGAAUCUUGACGAAUAACGCGAAGAAUGCCGCUUCUUCCUCGCUGAAUGGAAUCACCAAUCCUCCUCAAAACGGGACAAGUUCCGUCCCAACUCCGAGCCCAAGCCUUCCUCAGACCGACGAAAGUCAGGCGGAUGUCACAAAUGUCAAAGAAAGCAAAGAAGAAGCACAGGAGACGGAAACCAAGCCAGAAAGCUUGCCUGUUGGGAUGGGAACACCAGGACUUAAUCCUGCUCUCUUUUCCUUGGCCAAUUCCUUCGCUCUCGACAGAUUCGCUGGUGUCUCGAUGAUGAAUCUUGGCUCAUUCAAUUCCGAUCUCUCUCCCGACAAAGCCUCAAAGCUCAAGAUGAAGUCUCCUUCCAAGUCAACUGUCAAACUCGAGGGCCAAACCAAACCGUACACCUGCAAAGUCUGCGGCAGAAGAUUCACUGAUCGCUCAAAUUGCAUCAAACACCAGUUUAUCCACACAGGAUUGAAACCGUUUGAGUGCCCACACUGCAACAAGCGAUUUCGAAGAAAGGACCACUUGAACUCUCACUGCAAAUCGCAGCAUGGCGAAGAGGCUUUUCCACCAGGAGUCCCUGCCCCUCGCCUCUCCAUCGUCGCCGCCACUUCCCAGUUGCCAAACAUCAUCGGAAACCUUCACAACUCCUCCUUGCUCUCCAAUGGCUCGCAAAAUCUGACAAACGGAAACGGGAUAAGCUCGGAACAGUGCUCGAUCGAAAUCAACGAGGACUCAAACGAGGGUAGUCUUGAAGAGCCAUCGCCAAAGAAGAUCAAGAUGGAGGAAACCAAUUGCUUUGAUGAGGAGGAACUUACCAUCGAUGAACUCGGAGAAAACGAUGAAAACGUGGCAAUUGAACCAGCUGAAGUCGACACUAAACCUGCCUUUUCCAAGGAAAUUUACGAUAAGAUCAUGAACGAGUAA